AUUUAAAUUCAAUAGAAAUGUUCGAUAGACAAACAAAUCAAUGGACAUUGAAAGCAAAUAUGUCAUCAGCAAGAGCCUAUUUUGGUGCCGGAUCAUUUAUGGGCAAAAUAUAUGUUUGCGGCGGUGAUGGUAAURGUAGUGAUAGGAAAUUAUGCGAAACGUAUGAUCCGAAAACAAACAAAUGGCAACCAAUUKCAUCAAUGAAAACUGAUCGAGAUGCUUUUAAAUUGAUUGCUUUCGAUACUAGUUUAUAUGCAUUGGGUGGCUAUUCAGCUAACGAUAAUGUUUAUACCGAUUCAGUGGAAAUAUAUGAUUAUGUUUCUGAUAAAUGGUUUUUAACUACWGCUUUGCCACAAAAUAUGUGCUCAUUUGGGGCAACUGCUAUAUCAUAAUAUUAUUAUAAAUUUACUAAAUAUUUAUAUACUAUAUAUAU